AUGGACGUGAAAAAUGUAACAUUGGAUUUUGAAACUGAUUUGAUUCUUAUAUAUGAUAUUAAAUAUUUUGAAGCUCUAAUCGAAUUAAUCAGUAAACAUAAAAACCAAGCUUUAAUCAAUAUAUGGUGGGAAGUAAUUAAAAAUCUUUUGCCAUACACUUCAAAUAAGAUGCGAUUUAUACAAGAUAGAUUCUACUCUGAAACAACYGGAUUAGAAAAUAAUCCUUCAAGAUCACUUUAUUGUGCAAAUGCUGUAAACUCAAUUAUGGGAAUGGCAGUGUCACGUUUAUUGUUAAAUAUGGAAUCGAUUUAUAAUAACACAAAAAUGGUGAGUGAAAUGUUGAAAAAUAUACAUUGGGCGUUCGAAAAAAUAGUCAAAGAGUUAAAUUGGAUAGAUGAUACGACCAAACAGAAAAUACUUUACAAGGCACAAAAAAUGAAUGCGUUAAUUGGCUUUCCUAAAUUCAUAUCUGACUCGAUUAAACUCGAUGAUUAUUACUCUAAAUUUGAAGUUAUAGAUAAUGACUAUUUUGGUAACAUUAUACGUUAUAUUCAACGAAAAGUGGACAAAUCGUUAAUGAGCAUUGGACAGAUCAAUAAUUUCACUAGCAUUUGGGAAUUAGAACCYCUACAAGUGAAUGCAGCACACUCGUACCAAGCAAAUGCAAUAACURUUCCAGCUGGURUAUUACAAUUUCCUUUAUUUGGACAUGAUUUGCAGAUGCUAAACUAUGGUUUUGUUGGUAUAACAUUGGCCCAUGAACUAACACAUGGUUUUGACAAUACUGGCCGAAAGUUCGAUCAAGAUGGAAUUGAAAAUAUAUGGUGGACUAAUCAAACUAUCUCGGAGUAUAAAAAACGCGUCAAUUGUUUCAUUGAUAAUUAUGAAUCUUAUCUCGUCCCCUAUAUAAAAAAAAAGCAAUUAGCUGACGGGAGUACACUGCAACGAGGGUUUAAGGCGCUAAGUAUGUUUAGAAACCUAAAACUGGUAAUUCUUUUGACGUCGGAUCAAAUAUAUGAAUAUGGCUACACAAUGUUGAUGGAAUUUAAUCAUUUUACCUCCAAAGACCGAAAUAGUCCCGCUAAAUUUGCUCCAUAUACCUUAGACCACACCUCGAACUUCAAGGGAUGUCCAGAAUUCAAGUCAAUAUUUAAAAAGUCUGCCUCAAAAAUUCGACUUGUCAAAGCUCCCGAUUUAAACACUCAACCUAGAAACAUAUCAUACACAGAGCCAUYAACAGUCAAAAUAUGA